UUUGGAGUGCGUGGGAGUGUGUGUGAGAGAGAGUGAGGGAGACAGAUUUAAUUAAUUUGUAGAAAAAGGUAAAAUAAAGCAUAUAAUGAGAGUUAGUGUACAUCGGAUCCUUCGCCAAGCUACUGUUUGAACGCCUCCACCUUCUGUAACAGUACCACAUCUUCUCUCUCUCUCUCUCUCAUCUUAAUUUCUUCCAAGCUGAGGAGAAAAUCAGCAACGAGAGAAGAAGACUGCGAUAAAUCCUUCAACAAACUGCCAAAUAAUAUGAAAUCGACCAGUUUUCGUCAUUUCUGAGGAGGAUGUCUGGCAAGCCGCAUAUAUUCCAGGUCGACAGAAACGAUGAUGAAGAAAAAAUCAGCAUCUCAGAAACUGCUGCUGAAGAGAGAGAGAGAGAAAAUUUCGAAGACGAAACCGAUCAUCGGCAGCACCCAAAAGAUGUCGCCAAGAAAGAAGACUGCGAAAGCGAUAAAGCCACAGUUUCUGAGAGAGGAUCAGACGCAGUCGACGACGGCUUCAAAACUCCCACCUCCUCCGAUCACAGAAUUCCGGCGAUCACGCAGUGCCCGCCGGCGCCCAUGAAGCCCCGCCCGCCGCCGCCCAGGCUGAAGCGAAAAGCAUCAUCGCCGCCGCCGGCCGAGAUCGAAUCCAUCUUCCGCUCCAUCGCUAACGAUCAAGACGACGCGCACCACCACAAAUUCAAGAAAGCUCGAACCGAUGAUCAAGACCGAUCAUCGUAAAUUUGUUGGUACGAAACUUAACGUAAAGAAGAAAAUUGAUUGAACUUACAUUCUUUUUUCCUUCUUCCGAUGUUGUAAUGUGCUCUCGAUCGAAACUCACGAUCGGUAUAUUUACAGUGGGGAGAAAAUCGUACCGUUGUAAAAUUUUAGUGAUAAUGUUCAUUGAAUAUAAUUUGGCUUAACUAA